AUCAUGGUCCCCGGCCUCCUCCUAGCUCUGCUGCUCCUAGCCCCAGGCCCUGCGGCCCCCCACUCCGUGUCCCUGCCCGCUCCUUUUCUGGAGGACCUGGGGGGCAGCGGGGAGGCUGAGGCCUCAUCAGCCUCCUCCCCGAGCCUCCCACCACCCAGGACCCCAGCCCUGGGCCCCACAUCCUCGCUGAGACCCCAGCCCACGCCCUGGGAAGGCCCGGCACCCCCCACCACCCUCCUCGAGGGGCUCGUGGACUUCUUCCGCCAGUACGCCAUGCUCAUCGCCGUGGUGGGCUCGCUGGCCUUCCUGCUCAUGUUCAUCGUCUGUGCCGCCGUCAUCACGCGCCAGAAGCACAAGGCCACCGCCUACUACCCGUCCUCCUUCCCCAAGAAGAAGUAUGUGGACCAGAGCGACCGAGCCGGGGGCCCCCGGGCCUUCAGCGAGGUCCCCGACAGAGCCCCCGACAGCCGGCCGGAGGAGGCCUUCGAUUCCUCCCAGAAGCUCCAGGCUGACAUCCUGGCUGCCACCCAGAACCUCAAGUCGCCUGUCAGGGCAGCCCCGGCCAGUGGGGAGGGUGCCAGGCUGGCGCGGGGCAGUGCCCACAGCAGCCAGGAGGAGGCCCGGGAAGCCCCAGCCGCUGGGUCCUCGGGGGAGAAGUCAGAGGUCCCAGAGGAGAGGUGCUCAGCUGAGGGAGCUCUGGCAGCUGGCGAGGGCCAUGAGGAUCCAGAAACCUCCUCCUCAGCCCAGGAGACCCAGGGACCAGCGGGUCCCCCGGGAAGCCCCUGUGCCUGCAGUACUGUCUCCCCCAGUGUCUAAGAGCUGGGGCCUUGAUUGUGGGGACCUUCCCCUCCCCUCACCCCGCGGUUACCUCCUCGAGUGAGAGGUCUCCAGUUCUGACCAUGUCCUGACACCCCUUCCUGGACCAUCCACCGUCCUCCAGGGCGCUCGGGCGCUGGACUCUGCUGCACCCCAGAAGUCUCCCUGGAAGUCAGCACCUGGGAAUGCCCCUGAGAUCCCCAGGUGCUCCCCCGGCACCCAUAGGGGAUGGGGUGCCCCCAGGGGAGCCCACAGUGUCUGUGCGCCACAUGUCACGGGGUGGCGGAGGAAGUGGACGGCCAGGAGCUUCUGCUCUCGGAACCCAAAGGGACCAGUUCCGUGUCUCCCCAACCUGCAACAUCUUCCUGCGGCUCAGAGGCAUUAAGAAGUUUCUGGAAGGUGCCAGCAAAUACCAUGAGGCGUUCCCCCAAAGGGUUCAGUGGGCCCCCUCCCCGCGGAAGCAAGCUGCUAACAUCAAAGGAUCUGAGGAAAUGCUACCUCACUUUCCUUGGCAGCUUCACCUGAGAGACCCCCACUCAUCCUGAGAGACCCCUGCACCCCCUACAAUCACUACCCAAAUGCUUCUGCUGCAUCGAGUCUGGCUCACCCCUUCCCAAGUUGUUUUUAUUUUUCCUUUUUAAUUUUUCCUACAGCUACAGAGUCAAAUCGUGCAGCUCCCACUUUGGAGAGCACUGUGCUUCAUUUCCUGAUGGCGCCUCUCCCUCGCUUCUAAGCUGGUUUUGAGUUGGGGUGUAGAGAUUCGGGGCUAUUUCUUGUCUCACUACAGCUAUGGGGGUGGGCACAGGACUUGAGCUUUCCUUGUCGAUGCCUCCACGCGGGCUGGGGCAGCAUUUAGCCCCUCCAUAUUCUGUCCUCUGCUCACAGACAUGGCCUGAAGGCCACAUUGCUCUUCGACAGGGGGGCUUGGCCUCCGUCCUCUCUGGGGGUGUCUCUGAGGAACUCUUCCCAGCCCCCUGCCCCAUAACCUCCACAUAGUUCCCCAGGUGGAGAGAUGUAACAUGCCAGCAUAAUAAAUCUUAAUUUGG